AUGAAGGAUAUAUGUGUUGCUAACAGCGAGAGGUUACAAGUAUUAGGUUCCGAAGAUGUGACCAUUGUAACAAAAACCGAUAAAUGUGAAUUUGAAAUACCAGUUAAAGAUGUAUUAUGCGCUCUAGGAUUGACUACUAACCUAUUGUCAGUGAGCCAGUUAAUAAAAUCCAAUGAUAUUAAAGGUUACCGAAUAUAUAACCCUAGAACAAAACGUGUGACAACAAGCAGAGAUGUUGUAGUCAUGGAAGAUGAGAAGAACUUGCCAGUGUACCAAUUAUUGAACUCAUGUUCAGUGGGGGACACAAUUGUCAAGGAUAGACCAUGUUCAAAUGAAAUAACUAUGGAUGAGGAUACACAGCUUAAAACAUCAGAUGAUACUUAUGUUCCUAGUGAGUAUGAAGAUGCUUAUGACUCACCUAAACAGUGUGUCAGACCCAGCAGAAUCAGAAUGAAACAAGAAAGGUAUGGAAUGUCAAAUAUGUGUAUUCCGAAGGAAGUGUUUAAUUAUGCUAAUGGAUUGUCUGGAAGAAGCACUACAAGGAGUAGAAAAAGGACAGUGGUUACAGGCAGUGAAAGACGAACUUAA